CUGGCCCGAUGUAAUUUGUAUAAUCUAGGUCGUCUUUUCAAAAGAAUUUUUCUUCUCGUUCAACUUCGCCGACAUUUUUUUGUGUUGAGUUAUGUGGACUUGGAAUAUCCUUUUGAUAAACGUUUUUAUAUAAAAACUGCAGUACGGAACUUGUAUGGAAGGAAGGAUUGGGUGAAACGGAAACUUUCAUAUUUCGGAAUUAAACGUGAAGAAAUGGAAGCAGCUAUUUCUAAGAAAUCUAAGAAUCCAGAAGCGUUGCUUGACGUACUUGCUAUGCAGACGCUACAACGGCGACAAAGUUCGCAUGCGCCUGCUUCCUGCUCCGUGACGUCAGACAUCGAUGAACUGGUUCACAGCUUCACCAUCGACGAUUCCAUAUCGGAAUGCUUCGCUUCUUGUGAGAAAAUCGCUAAGUGUGCAAAAACCAAAAAGAGCGUGCAGAAAGAAAGGGAGACUAGCGGUGUUGUUGGCGUGUUGAGAAAUUACGGCAAGAAAUCUGCGUGGAAGAAUGCCAACAGCUCGCUCCCCAGUUCUGUUAACAGCGGAUCAAGGAAAUUACUAGGUGGCGGUGUCUUUCAGAAAAAGCCAAAGAAGCCUGCCACUCCAUUAAACAGAACCGUCCAAUGGUCGCAGGACACGUUGAAGAUGGCGGACAAUUCAUCCAUCUCUGUAGAUACCACCACAAGCAAAAUGCCAAUGAAGCUUGAUUCAGCUACAGGAAGUGACGUGUUAUAUGAUGAUGGGUCACACGCGACAUUUGGUGUUUUUGGCGCUCCACAAAAUAAAUCGACUUUGAGCUUCGAUGGGACCUUGGAAACGUCACCGGAGUUAUUUCCCCUUACUGAAAGUAAUGUGCUGCCAAAAAAGAACGAGCCAACGCGUGCUCCUUGCAGUACGGUUGUUGAUUACGGCACGCGUGACGUCACGUCAAAGUUGUCAGUUCAAAGUUCAAUAGCAACCAAUGAAAUGAUGAUGAACCACCUGAAGCAAACUAUAAAGCUUGACAACGCCAAACAACUGAAACUAAUUUUAUAUGAGAUGCAACCAAACGGUCACGUGGUCUCGGUAAAUAACUGGAUAGAGUUGGCGUCUAUGGCAGCACGUUUGGGUCAGCACAGUUGCCUAUUGAGUCUUCUCGAAUGUGUGUCGUCUGCAACGCACGUGACACCACGUGACAUACAAACCAUUACACGUGCGGCUUCAGUGGAAGCCGUCAGGACUGAUCACGUGAUUAUUCUUCAGUCACUGGUUGCUGAAGGGUUUAGUAUCUGGGAAGAUGAAGAUCAGGCUGUGUUGAAAGAAGCGAGACAGUGUGGAUCUGUCGGUUGCUAUGGCUACAUGCUACUGUUGCAGGUUUUGGCCUUGACCUUUGGAAAAUAUACAGGGAAGACAUCUUUAAAUGAUGUUCUGAAAUCAGUUUAUAAGCAGUGUGAGUCCAGUGAUUGUGACGUCAACGAGGUUGUCAGAAAUAUCCUUAAACAAAAUGGGGGCAAUGUGAAUGAGAGCCAAGUCUCCAAGUUACAACAGAGAGCGAUCCACCAAGAAGAAGACCCGAACAACAGUCGUCCUCAACAGUUGAGUGGUCAGUCGUUAGCAACAGAUUCAAAUAAAAAUGCUCCUGAAACAUCACUGGAUUCGUCUGACAGUUGCUUGGCAAGAGACUUAAAUAAGGUCCUCCCUGCACCAGCAAAUAUGUUGUCCAAACAGGAUUUAGCAACUUGCCUAAAUGACGUUCUUCCCAAAGAAACAGAACGUUUCUCCAAGCAGUGUGUUAGAAAAGAUGUAAACAAAACCUUUAAUGACAUAUCAUCAAUAGGUUUAACUGAUCAGUGCUCAGAUACGAUCAAAAAGUGCAGCAAUGGAAAUAGUUCAGAAUGUGCAGAAGUGUUAAAACUAUCAAGUACAACAAACGAGAACUUAAAGGACAGACACAAACUCAUAUCUAAGAAUCAGUCAACAGAGAAAUUUGAAGAUUGUGUCCAUAAACUACAAAGAACCGUUGACCAGACGCACAAUAACAUAACAGACACAUGUUUCAGCAACGCAACCGACAAACGUCAUAGCCAUGCAACAGGUAAAAUUUAUAUCAAAAGAACAGACGACAAUCCUGUAGCAGACAAAAGUACUUCCAGUAAACAUCACUGCAGUGUAACGGGGAAACCUCACAGCACGAGAGACGACACUGAAACACAUUCAAAUGCUAAGUUGUUGGUAAGAUUCUCAGAGGAGGAUGUGGAUCUCAUCAAGGCGCCAUCAUCUACCGCCACGGAAUGUGUGGUCUCAAACGACGGACUCAUGUCUGGAUCCAAUUCUGUAAUCGCAGAAUGUGACGACUUGGCGGAUUCUUUCUCAACCAGCCAGUCCUUUCCAACAAUUUCUGAACUGGACUCCACCACCACAUCCUGCAUGACCAGCUACUUCUCUGACGGCGAGGAGGAGUCCAGUUAUUACUCCGAAGACGGCGACGACGACGACGGCGGCGGCGGCCACUACAACGCGGUGGUCUUGAAUUUGAAGGACGAGGAAUUAGAUGUGGAUGGGUUGUCGCAGCAACGUCUCCUCAAACACUUGGAGUCGACGAGGAGGCAGAUCUAUCGCAACAGCGACUAUGUGGAGACUGUCGUAACGGCAACUGGACAGCGUCUGUCUGAGAGUGGGUUCCUUUCAGACAGUCCCAGGACACACGAGUUUAGAGAUUCUAAAGAUGAUGUAAUGAAAAUUGGGAUAGACCAGUGUAGAUAUUCUAAAGAUGAUGCAAGGAAAAGUGGGACAGACCAGUGUAGAGAUUCUAAAGAUGAUGCAAGGAAAAGUGGGACAGACCCGUAUAAAUAUUCUAAAAAUUACUCAAAGAAAAGUGGGACAGACCAGUGUAGAUAUUUUAAAGAUGACGCAACUGGUCACACAUUCGCAAGUUUGACGUCUGCUGAUGUUGAACAAGAUGCCGACAUAGUGCACAGAACACGUUUCUCCGAUGCAGACGACAUCGAAUGGAACUGUCGGCCAUGGUAUGAAGUGUCGGAUGACGAUAGUUUGUGUCUCAACAGAUCUAAUGACAGUGGGAGUGACGACAUAAUGUUUUGGUGAUACCAUUUCCGUGGCAAGCACACAAACAAAUGAUGUCGCCAUUGCCAGAAAAGGAACAAAUAUGCUCUGAAAUCGGGAAAGGUGUUUAUGUACAACAUUACUUGCUCCUAAUGGGGGGAAAAUGGAGCAGGAUUCCUCUACAGAAUCUGUGUCAGAAACAUCAGUAGUCGAUGAUUACUUAAUAAAACAUAACAUGUUCUAACGCUGUUGUUAAAUCCACGCUUUAAAGGUGCAGACCGUAGUUUUAAGCCAGAAAAAAUGGACACAAAGUUUAGUUAAUGUACAAACCUGUAACUCAUUUGGAUAAAGUUACAACAGAGUGAAAGAAGAGCCUGUGACGUUA